UAUUGUGUACGAGUAUAAUCGUUAAUACAUUGGAUAAGUUAAAGCUCGUGCUGCUUUUAGGAUGGUUACCGAUUCGAGGAUUGAUGUGCGUGAUGAUGUUCACGGCUUGCUGGACAUCGUACAUGUGCCGACUGCAAAUGCCAAUUCUUGUCGUACCGAUGAUUGCAGAUAAGUUAGGAUCCUACACGAACAGUAGCCUUCGCUUUGGAACGUUGGAUAACCCGACCACUGAGGAACAUGCGAACGUAUUAUGGCGUAGCCCGGACGAUCUCAUACAGGAGGUCGCCCAUGCCGACGCUCUGUCAAGGUUUAAGCGACAGGCAGAGGGCAACGACUCGGUUAAUCCAAGGCAGAUCCUUGAUUUCUUCACUAACCAACCGUUCUUCUGGUCGUCUUACGUUCGAGGUGAGUUACUGGCAGCGUACGCGUAUGGUAAUGUACCAGGCAAUUUUUUGGGCGGCAUUAUGGCUUUGAAGUUUGGUCCCCGAAAAAUGAUCCUGUGGACGUCUUUGAUAUCAGCGAUCAUCUCUUUAAUAAGUCCAUUGAUCGCCAACUGUCACUGGAUUGCCCUGGUAGUCUCGCGUGCUAUUGUCGGCUUCAUGGGUGGUGUCUUAUUUCCAGCGUGUCACACUUUAGUGGCCAAGUGGGCGCCUCCUAACGAAAAGUCACGCUUUGUCUGGUCAUUAUUGGGUGGCACUUUUGGCACUAUCUUCACCUUCCCACUAAUUGCCAUUAUCGCGGAAACUAUUAAUUGGGAGACCGGCUGGUAUUUACCCUCAGUACUUAUGCUGCUUUGGGUUUUCUUUUGGUAUCUUCUAGCGUACGAUUCGCCCGUCGAACAUCCGGGUAUUACCGACGAAGAAAAAAAUUACAUAAUUAAUGCCCAGGCGGGGUCAGUAGAAUCUGAGAAGCAAAUGCUGAAAGAUAUGCCAGUGAAAGCAAUUAUGACCUCCGUGCCAUUCAUUUGCCUAAUAAUAUUACAUUUUGGCAAUAUUUUUCUCCUUUUUUUUUAUCAAAACUCAUUGAUGUUGUAUCUAACGAAGGCGUUAGGUUUUAGGCUUGUGAAAGGCGGCAUACUGGUUUCACUACCUUGGGUUGCUCGAAUGUCCUUCGGCUUCUUUUUCAGCUGGGCUAGCGAUACGAUCAAGAGGAAAGAAAUCCUUUCGGUCACUGCAUUGCGCAAAUUCGCAGCAAUUUUUUCUCACUUAGUGCCUGGUGUCUUUCUCAUUGCUGUCAGCUAUGCAGGUUAUUCAUUCGUCCUAGCCAAUAUUUUCCUGUUCUUCGCUUUGGGAUUUAAUGGAGCAGCAAGUAUUUCAAAUCUCUCUAAUAAUCAAGAUUUAUCUCCAAAUUAUGCUGGAUUUUUGUAUGGAAUUAUGAAUACAAUUGGUUGCGUAGCUGGCAUGGUAAUUCCUAAAUUAGUGGAGACUAUUACAGGAAGAUCUGGAAAUAUAAUUGAUAAAUGGCAAAUAGUAUUUUGGAUCAACGCAGGAGUAACUAUAUUCUGCAUGUUAAUAUUUAUUAUUGGAGGUAGUGGAAAAAUUCAACCUUGGAAUGAAAUAUCAAAGACAAGAAAUCCAGUUCAUGCGUAAUGAAUUCAAAGGAUUUUUUUACUAUUAAUUAAAAAUUAUUGUUUAUAAUUGCGAUUAUAAAAUUUAAGAAAUUUU